AUACCUUCAUUGCCUUCUUAGCUUGUCCUUCAGUCACUCCCUACUUCAGUAUCGCUCGUUAUGGGUCGUUUACGCCGUUCGCGAACUCACGGGGGUAACAGGGAUGUGCACCGCGCGGGCCGUACGCGGAGUCGCACAAAAGACUUGGACCAGAUCCAACUGGUUGACCUCAACCCUAAGGUCCGUGCCAAACUAGAAGCACAACCCUUGGACUUUGAAAAGCCCGGUCUCGCCCAACACUACUGCGUAGAAUGCGCAAAGUACUUUGAGACGGAUCAUGCGCUCAAGUCACAUUGGAAGGGGAAGGUGCACAAGCGACGAUGUAAACAGCUGAGAGAGCCGGCGUACACGAUCGAGGAGUCAGAGCGUGCUGCGGGGUUAGGGAGAGAGGGCAAACGGCCCACGUCGACAACAGUGCCUGCGCCCAUGCCUAUGUCUAUAGAGACAUGAUCACGAUUUCCUGCACGGGGCUGGGUAUCCCAGUGUGCGCUCCCAACUUGGUCUUAUGCUUCCCUGCGUUCCCUCUGACAUGUCCUUGCCUCCUUUCACACUCAAAACUACAUGCAUAUGGCGGAUUGUAAUCGGCUAAUUGUCGUAGUUGUGCUUUCAUGUAUCGGUAAUUGUACGAUUCUUCCAACUUCACGCACUUGACAUC